AUGGACCACAUCAAGACCGCAGCCAACUUCGACGUCCAGUGCGUCCAGAUGGAAGUCUGUCCGUCGGGAGACAGCCAGACCGGCAAGUAUAUGCGGCUCUCGGUCACGAGCCUCACCGAAUUGGACACCAGCGGUGCCGUAGUGGCGAGCGUCGACAAGUUCAAACCAAAGGACAGUGACUGGACGGACAUCGACACGGCCGAGGUGAACGGCGCCAGCGUUUCCUCCACGACGUUCGUGUCGACUCUCGAGGUCGGCGUCGCCAAAACACAGGUGGCGUUCAAUCUCACUGCCAGCGUCUACCAGGGCAACGCGACGGUGCCAUACGGCAGCCAGACCAUCCCUGUGCCAGCGGGCGCGCUCAAGUUCACCGCCGAUAUCGCUGGCUGGCCUAAGCCCGUCAAGAAGCCCAAGAACGUCAGCGACUCUGUCGGAGACGCCGACAUUGAGCGGGUCGAUCUGGGUGACUCCAUGUUCAUGGACGUGCCGAGCCUUGUCAUCCUCGACGGCGGAGUCGAAGAGAGUCUGCUCAACGUGUCCGUGGUGGAGGCGGCGGGCGACACGUCGUUCGAGUGGAUCUUCCCGUCCUUCUCCACCUCGCUGCACUACGACCCAGUUCUGGGCGAUACCAGCGCCACGACGGCGACGACCGAUAGCGGCGUCAACGCCGGUGACACCAGCGGCAGCACUAGCGACGUCAGUGUUGGCGACCCGAGUAGCAAUGACGGUAGCGGCAGUAUCAGUGUCGACGCUGGUAGCAGCAGCAACAGUGAAGGCAGUGCCAGAUCUAGCAGUAGUGGAUCCAGUACUAGCGCCAGCAGCACGAUUACACAAUAA